AAUACGUGGCGCCCUCACCGCAAUGGCUAUGGGUUUCCUCAGUACCGGCAUUUUGGUUGGCUAUGCGCUGCCUGCAUAUCUCGAUUACUUUUUGGUGCCUUGCAUUAUAAUUGUUUUGCCGAUCAUUUAUCUAAUUGCUAGCUGGGUAUUUCCAGAGACGCCACAAAGUCUGCUGAAGAGAGGACGUACUGAAAGCGCGGAAAAUUCUUUUAAUUUUUACAAAAGUAUACCCAAGCCAGAGGAGAAUGCGAGACCAAAAUUUAGUAGAGACUUGGAAUUACCACAGCCUGCGUUGCCGGCGCGAAGCGAGUUUGAUGAAUUGAAGGAGAUUAUUCUAGCGAGUGGAUUUGCCACGCCCAUAACUAUAAAGGAUUUCUUCACCAAAUCGGCCAUAUUCAAAUUUUUCACCGCCUUCAUUAUAUGCAUUCUCAAUCAAUUCUCCAGCAGCUUCGUCUUUGUCAGCUAUAUGUCCGCUAUUUUUGCAUCAUCCGGUUCGACGAUGGACCCCAAUGAGUGUACUAUUUAUAUGGGUGUGGUUGAGAUAGCCGGCACGGUGACGUCCACUGUGCUAGUAGAACGUUUCGGUCGCAAAGUACUGUUGCUUUCAUCAACAGCGACGAUGGCAGCGUCGAUGUUUGCUUUCGGCAUUUUUGUACAAUUCACCGAUGAGGUGACGAAGGCACAAUACGAAUGGGCGCCGGUGUUGCUGAUGGCUUUGGUUGUGUUCACGGCCGCUUUUGGUAUUGUUGGGCUGACCUAUACGAUUAUUGUGGAAAUUCUGCCGGCAAAGAUUCGCGGUCAAGCUCAAGCGAUAAGUAUGGUCUUCAUGAGCAUUUGUGUGUUUGGUGCACUUCACCUCUAUCCAAUGUUCCUCUACAAUUAUGGCCUACCUGUAACUAUGUACUCCUGCACGGGUGUAUGUGUUGUUUGUGGCAUUUAUUUACUCAUCUUCCUCGAAGAAACCAGAGGCAAGUCAAUGGAACAAGAUUAG